AUGGCGGAUCCUGAGGCUCUGAGCGUACUCGAAAACCAGCAGCGGCCUUGCCGCCGCCUGGAAAAGACGUAUGGCAAAAAGAAAGGGUCUUGGGCGCCGUCGAGGGACAUACACUAUGAUCUUUUUGGAGGGGGCGAUGAGAACGCGAUCGUUGAGAAGAUGGAUCAACUGACAGUCAAAGAGCAUUCAGUCAAGCCGAGUUUGCCUACUGUAGAGAAAGCCCUAGAGUCAACACAAAAGCAAAAGGCACCGACGAGACACAAUCCACAUCUUCGAGGACGACGGAAACCAACGUCAAAGAAAAUGGCGACACUUGGUCCGAACAAGAUGCAAUCUCUUGCUCCUCUCCUCUCACUUGUGGAUCGAACAGUCCAAGACUUCCAGGAGUUUGGUAGAAGCAUGGGGCGGAACUUUGUUUGCACCAAACUCGGUGAAGGAGCAUUCGCAGAUGUCUUUGAACUCAGACCCAAAGACCCCGACGAAGCCAUCAAAGUUGAAGAGCGUGGAGGAUUGGUCAUAAAAGUCAUUCCCUUCAGCGUGGAGAAGUCAACCGACACAGACGACAUUGUGGACUUGGAUUCGAUCACCCGAGAAGUUCAGCUCCUCCUUGCUCUCGACCGUGUGCAUGGUUUUGCAAGAUGUCGAGGCGUCCACGUUGUUAGCGGCAGCUAUCCCGAUGUGCUUCUCGAAGCGUUCCGCAACUUCAAAGCCACAGGCACCCCGGACGCACAGAACCGAGACCCGACCGAAGCUUUUAGCUCUGACCAGACGUACGUUCUCAUCGAAAUGGACCAUGCCGGAAAACAAAUGGGCAGCUUCCCAACCCUCUCAGCGUUCCAAGCAUAUGACAUCUUCUGGAAGACGGCCAUGAUUCUCGCUAGUGCCGAAGAAUCAGUCGAAUUCGAACACCGAGACCUGCACACCGGCAACAUCUGCUGCAAGCCACGAGUGUUGAACGGCCCAACCGAUAUUGAGGAAGAGGUUGUCCAGAGCAUGACGGAAGAACCAAAAGCCAGACUAGGCCUCUCGAACCUCCACAUCACAGUCAUCGACUAUACCCUUUCCCGCGCCAAGGUCCAAAGGGAGACUGGGGAGGAGGUCAUUAUCGCCGACCCAAUAAAAUAUUGGGAAGACAAUGACAUCGUCGGCACCAACGCGUCUGACCAGCGCCAAUUCAACACCUAUCGAAAGGUGAGAGACUGGGCCAGGGCGGUUGAAGCCAAGGUGGAAGCCCUGGCAGAAAUGGACGAGGACAGUGGUGGAGUCGGUGUCAGCCUGGAAAAGGUCGACAAGUACCAACGGUUCCUACCCAAGACCAAUGUCAUGUGGCUUUGGUACUUGGUCAAGGAGCUGUUGGCGAGGAAGGGGCGGGCGGUGGCUGGAAGCAGCGGCGCUGCCAGGAGACUGCAGACGGCCCUCUGGCGGAAGCUGGAGACGGUGUCGCUUUACCUCGACGCCGUCCCCACGCUGAUGCCAGAGGACGUUGCUGAGCUCCUGGCGAGCGCCAUUGGCUUUGGCUGGUUGAGCCAGGAGGACGUGGCCGCGUACAAGGCCGAGUUGGAGGAGUAG